CAAAUGUGAAAACCCCUAAAACAAGCCACCUAACCGCUCCUUCUUCCAUUCAGUGGGUUUCCUACUUUCUCUAAUGGCGCCUUCUCAGAAAUUAACGGAUUACGAACGUCGGAGGCUGGAAAACAUCAAGCGAAAUGAGGAAAUGCUCGCCGCCCUCAAAAUUCAAUCCCGCCUCUCCGAUCUCUCCGCCGCCGCCGCCGCCGCCGCCAAACGUCCCAGAGUGCAGAAUAAGUCUUAUAAAUUGAGUCCAGAGAAGAAACAGAAGUCUGAGGCUCCCAUUGUUCUACGGCGUUCUCUAAGGACACAAGGAAAGCCGCCAGAUGCUUCUGUAGCUGAUGGUCUUAAAGAUGAUUUUGAUGAGUCCAUAAAAAAGAAGAAACCAGGGUUACAGUCCUCACCCAAAAAAUUGCCUACAGAACCUGUGCCUAUUAAUAUGAAAGAUGCAUUUAGUGGUGAGAAUAAUGGCUCCAACCAACAGUUAAUUGAAACAAUCAAGGGUUUGUCAAGAAAAUCCCAAUUAGAUGAGAAUGCUGAUCAAGAACCCAUAUUUUGUGAUCUUAAGAAGAAAAGAAGGCCUUCGGGUUCAGUAGAUAUUGAGUCAUUGAGAUUGGAACCAGAAAAUAUAGCACGGGUUGUGCCUGGAAGAAUACUAAAUGUGAAGUUUUUCCCAACAACAGGAAUGAGAAUGGUUGCUGUAGGAAACAAAUUUGGAAAUAUAGGUUUCUGGAAUGCUGAUGCUAAAGAAGAGGAUGGAGAUGGGAUUUAUUUGUACCAACCUCAUUCAGCUCCAGUAUCAGGGAUAGUGAUUGAAUCAUUUUCAAUGCCAAAGAUGUACACAUGCUGUUAUGAUGGGUUUAUCAGGUUGAUGGACAUUGAAAAGGAGCUAUUUGAUUCCCUAUACUUCAGUGAUCAUUCUAUAUAUGCUUUGUCCCAGAGACCAGAUGAUAUGAAUUCACUGUAUUACGCUGAGGGGAAUGGGAAACUCGGAAUAUGGGAUUUGAGGGCUGGAAAGUCUUCAUCAUCAUGGAGUUUGCAUGAAGAUAGAAUCAACUCGAUAGAUUUUAACUUAGAGGACAAAUAUAUUCUGGCUACAAGUUCAACAGAUGGAACUGGCUGCAUUUGGGAUAUGAGAAAUGCUGGAUCUAAGAAACCAAGGUCUUUGAGAACUGUUCACCAUAAAAGAGCUGUGCAUUCUGCUUACUUUUCAGGAUCUGGAAGAUUUCUUGCUACAACAAGUUAUGAUAACAACAUUGGCUUGUUAAGUGGAGCUAAUUAUGAAGAUGUAAGUAUGAUUCGUCACUACAAUCAAACAGGCAGAUGGAUUUCCUCAUUCAGAGCUAUAUGGGGUUGGGAUGAUUCCUAUAUAUUCAUUGGCAACAUGCAAAGGGGAGUUGAUGUGAUUUCGACAGACAAACAGAGAAUUGUUUCAACAUUACAAAGUGAACAUAUGUCUGCUAUUCAAAGCCGCUUUGAUGCACAUCAGAAUGAGGUCGGGAUGCUUGCAGGUACUACUGCCGGUGGUCAGGUAUAUCUAUGGACAUCGUCUUAAGACCACAUGCACCAUUAUUUGUUAAAAUUUGCGCUAACUGGUGCGCCACUGCUUGUACAACUAAAAACCAUUUUUGUCUUACUAUUGUAUCUUAUUGUAUCAUUAGAUUGGCUGUUUAUUGACUUUCCUCGUGUAAAACUUUAUUUGAGACUUGGUAUUAUAGAUGAAGUAAGGUAUUGUUUCCA